UUCGUAUUCGCAUGUCCCAUCCGCAAUAAAAUUGAUUCCCAAAGUGAAGGAGUGAAAAUUUUUGUGGAAAACCUCAUCAAAAAUCUCACUCUUUUUGGGUUUUUCAAUCACAUCGGGGUGCACCAGUUGUGUUGGGUGUGACAACGUGAGUGGGAAAAGUGUGGAAAAUCCAUCCAAAAAGUGGUGAAAAUUUUACUGUGAAAAAUCACCCCACAGAGUGGUGUGAAGAAAGCAAAAAGAAAAGAAGUGAAAAGUGUUUCGAGGAUUUUCUUUUUUGCCUUUUCAUUCAAAAAGAAUUUUUCCCUUCACACAACAUAGAGGAAGAAUAAAAUUGAAUUAAACGACCGGACCAACUUGGAAGGAGUAAUUGAAUCGCAUUAGCUAACGAAAAAAGGGAACUGUGUAGAUUUGUUUGAAGAACAUAUUUAAGGAUGUCUGAGCCUGAAGUAGAAGUUAAUGCCGAAGAAACGUCGGCUGCCCCCGAUGGACUCGCCCCAGCUGCGCCAGCCGGUGAACCGAAUGAAGAUGGAAUUGUCGGUGGACCAAGGACACCCCAACAGAUAGCUGCCCAGAAGCGGCUACAACAGACUCAGGCACAGGUCGAUGAGGUGGUUGACAUAAUGAAGACGAAUGUAGAGAAGGUCCUGGAGAGAGAUCAGAAGUUGUCUGAGUUGGAUGAUCGAGCUGAUGCGCUGCAACAGGGCGCUUCACAAUUCGAACAGCAAGCUGGAAAAUUGAAACGAAAAUUCUGGUUGCAGAAUUUGAAGAUGAUGAUAAUUAUGGGCGUCAUUGGACUCGUUAUACUUGCGAUAAUUGUAGCCAAAUUCAUGCCGGAACAACAACAAGCUCCUCCUCAGAUGAUGAUGGCACCACCACAGAUGCAAAUGCCUCAGGCACCAGCUCCGGCGGCACCGGCUCCCGCCGCACUUGUCGACGAUCACCUCCAUGCCCACGGCAGCCCAAUCAACUAAGUGUGGGUGUUGCUUUAGAGAGAAGUGAAGAAGUGAAGAAGAAGCUGCAAAAUUUGCAUUAGAUGUCUCUACAUAAAUUAUAAUAAAUAUAUAUUUCUUCUAAAUAACCCAUAAGGAAAAAAAUGCUAUCAUAACUUUGAAAAAAAAAUGAGAAAAAUUUUGAAGAAAGAAAAAAAACGUAAAAUGAUGGAAAAUAAUCAAAUUAAUCCACUUUAAAUACGGCGUGAUUGUCGACAAGACGUUAAUUUAACGUAAAUUUAUUAAAUGAAGGAAGAAAGAAAAAAUCUAUUGUAUUGCAAUUAAUGAAAAUCUAGUGCAGAACAUCUCUAUCUUUUCAUUAAUUAGUAAAAAUUUUUUGUAUUAGGAGACAUUUAUUGAAAUGAAAUUUAAAGAAAAAAAAAGGUUAAAAUGUUUGAGGAAAAAGUUCAAAAAAAAAUUUGAGAGACAAAACAGAGCACGACUUUAGAAUUUUGAGCUUUUCACAGAACAUUUUGCACCAAAAAACGUUCCUCUUUCUUUCCAUUUUAAAGAAAACAUUUCUUAUUCUCAAGUUUACCCAAGUUGAAAAAUUUAUCUAAAAGACAUUUUUGUGCGUAGCAAAAGAAAUUGAAGGAGAAUUUUAAAGAAAAAUUGAUUCGUUAUUUUGUUAAAAAUAAAAAAUUAUCUGAAGACAUUUAUUCAAGAUUAAAGAUUUAUUUUUAUUCAGGAAAUUAGGAAAAGGAUUUUUUUUUCAAAAUUGAGUGAAAGAAUUCUUUAUUAAAGGAAAAGAAUAUUUUAUUUAUGAUUAAAGAAAUGUAAAUUCUUUAAUUACUUUUCUUUAAAAAAUAUACUUAACUAUUUCUUUGCAAAUUAAUGAGAAUUUUAAACUAAAGAAAAAACUCUUAUUGAAAGUGAAAAAAAACAAAAAUGUAAUUGAAAAUGAAUUACAAGAAUUCAAGUACAAUAAUUACUAAAUUAACUGCAUCAUCUUAAAAGAAGAGAAAGGAAGUAAGUAGCUGAAAAAAAAACAUAAAAUAGGAAUUCUUUUUAAUUUUCUCUCAAUCUGAUUAUGCUUAAUUUUUAAUUAAAUAAAUUUAAAAAAAAUUAAAGAAAAUAAAAACUAAAAUCUCCUAAAAAACGGAGAUGAGACAGAAGAAUUUGCGAAAUAAAAUGAGGAAAAGAAAGAAAGAAAAAAAACUACUAUAAAGCCAACGACAUUCCACUGAAUAGAAGUUUUUUGAAUGAUAAAAAAAAUAAAAUUUAAAAGAAAAUGUAAAUUUUGUUCUUAAGUUUAAAAAAUAAAAAAUAUGCAUACAUUUUUCAUAUAAAUUCCAUUUUUAAAAUGCUUGAAAAAAUGUAUUCAUAAUUCGUUUUUGUGUUAAACAAAUUGCAAAGGUUAAAAAAAAACGUAAAAGUAAAAAAUGAUGAAAAAUAAAACUUAUCAGAUUAUAGUAAAACAAAAAAAAGAAGAUAUUAACAAUAUUAGCAUAGAAAGACAUUGUAUUUAAAUGAGGAAUAUUAAACAAUAAAAGAAAAUAAAGGAAAAGAAGGGAAAGAACAGAAGGACAUGUGAAAGGAAAAGCCGGAAAGGAAGCUUAGGGGGUGGGAUUCUGGAGGGAAAAGAAGCGAAGUUAUUGGAAUCGAUGAUGAAAAAAAAACAAUUAAAAAAAGGAAGAUAGAUGAAAGUAUUUCACAGAAGAAGAAAAAAAUUCAUAAAAAUUACAUAAUGAAAAAAAUAUGAGGAAUAAAACAUGAUAUAUAUAAAAAAAGUGUAUAUGUGUGGGGCUAUAAUAGUAUUGUGUAAAAAUUAAUUGAUUUUAAAAGUAUAAUAAACUGGAAAAGUGAAUAAAAAUCAAUUUACUGCACCCACA